AUGGAGGUAAUCUCUCUCUCUCUUUCUCCCUCUCUUCCUCUCUGUGUAAAUGCAUCUGUAUCUCAAAUCUAUCCUUGGGCAGGGAGCUCGAACACCAACCGGAAGAGGGGGAGGGAAGCGGCGGCGCCGGCGCCGGCGGCACCCACCGGAUUGGUGUCGCCGCCUGCUCUCAACACCACCUCCACCACCCUGAUAGACCUCUCCCUGCUCCACUCUCAGCAGCCGGCGCCGCCGGCCGCCUUCGUCUCCACCGGCCUCCGCCUCUCCUUCGAGGACCAUCCCCGCCCCCAGCAACAGCCGGGGAAUUCAUUCCUCUCUUCCCUGUUGACGGAGGAACUCGCCGCCGAAAUCAAGCACCAGAAGGACGAGCUCAACCAGUUCCUCCAAUCCCAGGUUCGCCCUCAUUUUCCCCAAUCCUCCAAUCCAGAAAACAGAAACCCAGAUCCCCUGCUCCACGGCGCUGACCUCUGAUUCUUUCCCAGUCGGAGAAUUUGCGGCGGGCGCUGGCGGAGACCAGGCGCACCCACUACAGGGCCCUGCUGGGGCUGGCGGAGCAGUCGGGGGCCAGAAGGCUGCGGGAGAAGGACGCCGAGAUGGAGCGCGCCGCCCGUCGCAACGCGGAGCUGGAGCAGCGGGUGGCGCGCCUGCGGGCGGAGACGGUGGCGUGGCAGACCAAGGCGCGGGCAGAGGAGGCGGCGGCGGCCGUGUUGCAGGCCCAGCUGCAGCAGGCGGCGGAGCGGCAGAACCUCGCCGGCGACCCCGGUUGCAGCGCCGCCGGGGACCUCGCCGGAGCGGAGGACGCCGAGUCGGGGUAUCUGGACCCGGAGAGGAGAGAAACGGGGGGCUCCUCGAGCGCCGCGGCGGCGGCGGGAGCGGGUCGGGUGUGCCGGUCCUGCCGGAGGAGGGCGGCGGCCGUGCUGGUGCUGCCGUGCCGUCACCUCUGCCUGUGCAGAGAAUGCGCCGCCGGCGCCGAGGCGUGCCCGGUCUGCCGCUGCGCGAGGACCGCCUGCCUGGAGGUCUUCCUCUCCUGA